AUGCACCACCUUCGUGGGCCGCGCCGCGGGGGGCCGACUGCACAACUGGCCCGUCUCGGCGGGUCACGAGCUCACCGUCACCCACGCGGUGGCAGAGCCUUUGCCCGCAGCCUCUCGGGCUCCCUCCCUCCGGCAGGAGUCGCUGGCCGCAGCAGGGCGGUGAGAAAGGAAGCUGAUUCCGUGCCUCCGUCCUGCCAGGAGUUUCGGCAUCCCCAGCCCGCCUUCCUUCCGUGUCUGCGCCUGCACUCGCGCCCCCUGCACGCGCCCAGGGAUGAACCGGGCCUUCACUCGGGAAGCCUGCGAGGCGCGGUGGAGGGGGUGGGGAGUGGGCGGAGGUGCAGCAGGAAACGCCCCGGGUCUGGCCGGGCUGGUCGGGCUGGGGGCGCAGUGGAGAAGGACGGGGCGGCGCCCGGCCGGGCUGCCCGGCCCGCUCACCUCGCCCUGGCGGCGCGCCCCGCGGGGACUCGCGGGGAGGGGAGCCAGACCCGCGGGCCUUUGGAUUCCGGGACCGCCCUCUCCCGCUCCAGGGCCAGCGGCGAGCGGCAACGACGGCUGGAGCCGCAGCGGCAGUAUGAGAGCGGGCGCCGCUGCUCCACGCCUGCGGACGCGCGGCGAGCGGCGGCGGCUCUGCCUGAGCGCUCCAUGGGGGCGCAGUGGGGCCGGGCGGCCGUCUGGCCGCGCGGGCUGCGCAAAGGCCGAGGGCUGCCACGGACCGCCCGGGCGCUGGCGGCCGCCGGCCUGCUGUGCACCGCUCUGGCCGCCUACGCCUGCUGGGGGCAGCUGCCGCCGCUGCCCUGGGCAUCCUCCGCCCCGCCGCGGCCGGUGGGCGUGCUGCUGUGGUGGGAGCCCUUCCGGAGGCGCGACAGCGCCGCGAGGCCGCCCCCCGACUGCUGGCUGCGCUUCAACAUCAGCGGCUGCCGCCUGCUCACCGACCGUGCGGCCUACGGGGAGGCGCAGGCUGUGCUUUUCCACCACCGAGACCUCGUGAAGGGACCUCCCGACUGGCCCCCGCCCUGGGGCGUCCAAGUGCACACGGCAGAGGAGCUGGAGCUGCGGGUGUUGGACGACGAGGAGGAAGCGGCGGCGGCGGCGGCUGCCGAAGCCCUAGCCGUCUCGGGCCCCAGACCCCCGGGCCAGCGCUGGGUGUGGAUGAACUUCGAGUCGCCCUCCCACUCCCCGGGGCUGCGAAGCCUGGCAGCUAAUCUCUUCAACUGGACGCUCUCCUACCGGGCGGACUCGGACGUCUUCGUUCCAUAUGGCUACCUCUACCCCAGGACCCAUCCUGGCGAGCAGCCACCAGGCUUGGCCCCGCCGCUGGCCCGGAAACGGGGGCUGGUGGCCUGGGUGGUGAGCAACUGGGAUGAGCGCCAGGUCCGGGUCCGCUACUACCACCAGCUGAGCCAGCACGUGCCCGUGGACGUUUUCGGCAAGGGCGGGCAUGGGCGGCCGGUGCCGGACAUUGGGCUCCUGCACACUGUGGCCCGCUACAAGUUCUACCUGGCCUUCGAGAACUCGCAGCACCUGGAUUAUAUCACCGAGAAGCUCUGGCGCAACUCGUUGCUGGCCGGGGCGGUGCCCGUGGUGCUGGGCCCCGAGCGUGCCAAUUACGAGCGCUUCGUGCCUCGCGGUGCCUUCAUCCACGUGGACGACUUCCCUAGUGCCUCGUCCCUGGCCGCCUACCUGCUCUUCCUCGACCGAAACCCAGCUGUCUACCGCCGCUACUUCUACUGGCGCCGGAGCUACGCCGUGCACAUCACCUCCUUCUGGGACGAGCCUUGGUGCCGGGCCUGCCAGGCUGUGCAGAUGGCUGGGGACCGGCCCAAGAGCGUACCCAACUUGGCUCGCUGGUUUGAGCGGUGAGGCCGUGCCCCCCUGGGGGUAACCCGGGAGGCCAGGUCGUCAGCGUUUUGAUCCUCUGCCGUGCAUCUCCUUGACUGCCGAAUCGUGCCGAACACCCAUUUUUACUCUAUGGGAAAAAAGUGAUGUAGCAGUUAAUAUUAUUCAGCACAAAGACGAGGUGGGGAGGAUCCCCGGUUCUCAAGUUUUUUGCACAGCUAGAAGUUGGGCUCCCUUGGUUGUUGAUGGAUAUCAGUGUUGAGGGGUGACGAAGGGGGCCCUUUCUCACCCUGUAACCAGUGCAGAGGUGAAGAAGCAGUUUAGCUACAAGAAGACUGUUGAGUCAGUUGCUCUGAGUUGCCUCAUCUGCCACAGGCCAUGUUUGUGGCCUGUGCCGAGUCCAAAUCUCAUACACACUACUCCUCAACUCAACAUUUCCGGGGCCAACGUGCAGCAAACCCCUGGUUUUAGCAAGAGCGUUGUUGCUGAAUAGUGCAAGGACUGUGGCCACAAGUGGGUCUUUCUCUUUGUUGGUUGAAUUCCUCAAAGACUCAGCUCCUAAGAAAGGUAAAGAGGGUGGUCCACGAAUCCCUUGGUUGUUCCUUAACAAGUACUGUUUGUCCUCCUGCCCUAUGAAUGGAAACAAGAUGCUUGAUGGUCCUUGGAGAAGAUUAGGAUGAAUAUAUCGGUGUACCUCACUUUAUACAAAUGUAUUCCUGAAAAGCUGCUUUCAAAUCAAAUCCCAGAUUCACUGCUUGAUGAGAGUUCAGUAUUUAAUGAAAUCCUAUGGCAAAUCCCUUUACAAUGUGAAUAAUCAUCUCCUAAUUUAUUCCUUCUGUGUCUAUGUUUUUCUAUAACCUGAAUUUUUUAAAAAGCAUAUUAAAAUUACAGAUGUGGAAGUAAUGCAGAAGCAACAUUCUUCUCCCCUCUUCCCAGAAAACCAGCCUGUGUUUACAAACAGAAGAGAAAGAAGCCACAGUGUCACUUUGCACAAAAUGAUUUUGUGGAAAUAAGGACCAGAAUUUAAACCAGAAUGUCAGUCUUCCAGGGGUGCUGGAAUUAUCUGUCUGCAGAACAAUGAAAGAGAUUGUACUGCAUUUUGGUAUCAUGCAAAAGGAAAAAAGUUUCAUGGUGUCUGUUAAUGGCGGUUUUUGUUUCUGUCCGUUUUUAGUUAAAUAUUUAGUUGUGAGGGAAUGGAACUAAAUUAGUGCCUGCAAUGAACUUUGUCUUUUGUUAAAGGCUAAAUCUGCCAUUCUCUCUGGGGCCAGCAGGUUCUCCUCCUAGUCUGCAUAGUAGUAUGAUGUAUCCUCACAUUUCUAGUGCCCUUGAGACUGUGCCAUGGGAACAACUGUGAAAAUCUAUGCAUUGACUUUAAAAGUUGUUGAAUGAACAGCAUAUGAAAUAGGUGUUACCAUGUGCCUACUCUGUGCCAAACACUGGGCUUGGGGUGCCAGGAAAGACACAAAAAUGUAUAAGGCAAGGUCCUUCUCCUUAAAGCUCUUACAGUCUACCACUGCCAAGAAGUAAAUAGUGAACUUGGAUAAGUCACUUGGCAGAACCUGUUUGUUUAAAGUGACAUUCUUAAUAAGACAGACCAUAAAUCAAUUAUUAGAAAGCCAGUUGAUUUAAAGCUUGAAAUAAUGGGGUUUUUUCCCUACUCUAUUUAUUAUAAAGGACCCAUAGUGACUAAUUAUUAUGAGUAGGGUCCAAGAUUAAUUAGGUUUAUAGAGGGUUCUGGUGUAAACAGUAAUUUUGCAUUUGAUUAGUAUAAUUAGCUGAAUCAUAAAGUAAGUUUUAUCUCCAUGUACAUUUGUUUCAGACUCACUUGCAGAGCUCGCGAAAAUCUAGGUGCUUCAAUUCUCCCUUUUGCUUAAAAGGAGAAAUUAAAAUCCCUGGAUAAAAUCUCCUUAUUAAAAUAUCACAGUAUGGCAGAAUUACAAAGUAGCAGCCAUCCAUUAAAGAAAAAGGAAAAAUUCUCUUCUUAAAAUGAGUGUUUAUGACAUUUGGCCAAUGAUCUUGGUGUUAUUGGAAAUCUACAUGGGGAAGUGGGAGUUUGGUUUUGAAGGUAAUCUGGCUUAGAUUUGAAUUCCAGCUGUGUGACCUUGGGCAAAUUAGUAAUAACUCUGAGCCUCGGCUUCCUUAUCUGUAGAAUGGGGAAGGAAAGUACUUCACAGCUCAUGUGAGCGUCUCAGGAAAUAAAGUAAGUAAAGAUGCCUAACAAAUAGUUAUCACCCAAUUGGUAAGAGUGAUUUUUUUUUCCUUCUUGCAGUGAUUUCAGGGGCCCUCCAUAUCCAUUUAUAUGUCAAAAAUUAAAUCUCAAGGUAUGUCACAGAAUAUAUAUGAAAUAAAAAGGAACAGGCCUCAUAUUGUGUAUUUCAAAUGAGUCCCUAAAGCUAAGCCAUAUUAUUUCAAGAAUCAUCAUUGCCCUUUAGGUUGAGCUUGAAUUUGCAGACUAGGAGGAAGCACCUAUGCUUUCUUUGAAAAAAGAAUUUUUUUGUUUUUGUUUUGGUUUUCAUACAGUUAAAUAAUUAUCCAUUAUUUUACUAAUGCUCUUCUUAGUAUUGUCUAUUUAAAACUAACCACAUAUUUAUUGAGUAUUUAGCAUGAGGAAGGUAUAAUUGCGUUGUUCAUGUGCAAAUUUUGAGUGUGGAACAAACAGAAUUUUUUUUAGGCUAAUCUCAUCAAAGAGCAAAAGAAAUGUGGCAAUGGCUCAUUUUAUGUUAUUUUAUUUUUCCUAUUCUAAAUUGAGUAUGUUAAAAUUUCAUAUCCAUUAACAUAAAAAUGCAUAUAAAUGCAUCAUAUAUUUCAAUAUGUAUUUCCUAUGAUUGUCAUGCCCUUCCUUUAAGGCAUAAACUUUUCUUUCAAAUUUAUUACAAAUUUAAUUUAAUAUUUUUAGCACUUGACUAAUUACAUGAGUGCACCUUGAAUGAUAUUUGCCUCAGGAAGACAGUCUGACUUGCUUUCAGUAUUCACAGUUUCUUUUCAGUCUCCCAGCCCUUCCCUGGCAGUAAUUUAGGGGAGACAGAGUGGCUUUAUGGAAAGAGCUUGCAAUUUGGAGUCAGAACCAGGUAUGUGGCUCUGCCCCUGUGGCCCUGAUUAGGCAAGUUACUUAAACUCUCUGAGUUUAAGCUUCCUCCUUUAUAAUGCAUGCAUGUCCCUACAAAACAAGGAUUAAAUGUGAUGAUGUACCUUGAUGUCCAAGGUGCUUUGUACAUUGUAAAAUGCUGUACAGUUACAGGAUGCUCUAAAUUUUCAAGCCUCUAGAGGAGGGGUGGCAAACUUUUUCUGUAAGGGGCCAGAGAAUAAAUAUUUCAGGCUUUGCAGGCUGUAAAGUUUCUGCUGCCACUACUCAACACUGCUGUGUAGUGCAAAAGCAGCCAUUGACAAUUCGUAAAUAAAUGAGUUGCCUGGGUUUGGCCCAAGGGCCAUAGUUUGUUAACUCUGCUCUAGACUUAGAGAUAUAAGGAAUUUGAGAACCUACCUGAGGGGGUUUCUCAGAAGGGAUUUAAGAAUUGGAAUUUAAGAAUUUUGGAGGCCGAUAUUCCUGGGUUCCUAAACCAGAUUUGCAACAUUUCCUAAUUGUCUUAUCUUGGCAAAUUAUUUCAGCUCUCUUUGUUUUGAUAUUCUCAGCUCUAAUUGAGGGUAAUCAUGUAUAAUUUAUGGAGGUGUUGGGAGAAUUAAAUAAGACAUUUAAAGUACUCAGAACAGCAUCUGGCACAUAAGAAGCAUCUGAAAAAUGUUAGCUGUGAUUAUCACCAGCCCAUUUUACAGAGAAAGGAGCUGAGGUCCAGACCCAUUGAAGGAUUUGCCUAAGGUUACAGUAGUAGUGGCAGAACCAGCCAUGUUGUGCAAGUCAUAACUAAUUCAGCCUGUCGCUUGAAUUGCAAAAUGAGGGGAUUGGACAAAAUCAUCUCCUGGGACUUUCUAGUUCCACUUGCCAUCAUUCUACUAACUGGCACCCUAGGGCUUCAAGAUCUAAUUCACCUCCCAAUGUGCCUUCCUUACAGUCUGGAAAUGACUUACUACACAGCAGCAGUAAACUGGCAGGAAACCAGGCACCAGAGAUGGAGACUCUGAUUUAGUACUAAAAAAU